CCCAAGCGCUACGAACGUCGACGGAGUUUUUCCGGGAAAUCGCCAGAGGAAAAUCACGAUACGAAAUAAACCAAAUUUUAAAACCGCGCGCUAACUGAAAAAAGCAAAAAAAAAAGAUUCGAAUAUAAAACGGGGGAAAAUAAAAACGGAUAUAAAGGAAUUUCAAGCGUUUGGCAUUUUGUCAACCAGCAAAGGGCCAAGUGACGAGCAACAAAAAAUAAACGAAAAAAAAAUCGAGGGAGAGGCGCACAAGUGGCUGCAACAAAGGGGCACCGAACCACCGAACGCCCGCGACCUCUGACACCCCGAAAAAACAACAAAAUAUAAGAAUAUCUACCUUUUGGCCGGAAAACGCUUGUUUCAGCACGCGAGCAAGGGAGAGGGGACGACUGCGCGGGAGGGAGACAGGGACAGGAACAACAGCAACAAAAACAACACAACAAACAGCUCUAUGCCGGCACCAAGAUGAGACCAGGCCGAACGACAACAGCUUCACCAGCAGCGAGCACGCCCCUGCUGCUGCUCCUGCUACUGCCACUCAUCCUGGGCAGGCUCCACGUGGCCCACGCCCAGUGUCCUUGGCAGCGGGAUGUGCCCGACCUGCAGACGAGCUGCAUCUGCGCCUACAACCUGGGCAGGGAGCUAUCCGUGCAGUGCGAUCAGGUGGACUUUUCGCAACUGCUGGCUGCGAUGAACACCCACGCCCGCCUGAAGCCCGUGGAUUUGCUGUACGUGAACAACUCCACGAUCUCCGAGUUGCCCAAUGCCGUUUUCAGCAAUUUGAGCCUGCACAAUGUGCAGCUCUCCAGCUGCGGCAUCCAGAGCAUUGCGACGGGCGCCUUCAAGGGGCAGGAGUCGGUGCUGCGGAAUCUCAAUCUGCAGGACAAUCUGCUGGCCGACGUGCCAGUGGAGGCGCUCAAGGUGCUGGGCAAGCUGAACCUGCUGGAUUUGUCCAAAAAUCAGCUCACUCACAUUCCCGACGACGCCUUCGUGGGCCUGACCAAGCUCUCCACCCUCAAGCUCAACGAUAACAAUGUCACCCUGGCCAGCAACGCAUUCAGGGGCCUGGAGCAGAGCCUCAAGAACCUGAAUCUGAAGGGCACCAAGCAGCGAAAGGUGCCGGAAAGCAUCAGGGGUCUGAAGAGUCUGGCCUUCCUGGAUCUCUCCCAGAAUGGCAUCAAGGAACUGCCGGGAGCGGGCGGCAUUCGGGUGUUCGAUGGUCUGGACGCUCUCACGGCCCUGAAUCUGGAGCGGAAUCUCAUCCAGAGCAUUGGCGAAACGGCAUUUGCGGGCGUGCGAAAAACACUGAGCUCGCUGAGUUUGCUUAACAAUCUGCUGGCGGAAUUUCCCAUUGGCGCUGUGCACUCGCUGAAGGAGCUGCGUGUGCUGGACAUUGGCUUCAAUCUGCUGACCAGCCUGCCGGAGGCCGCCUUCCGGGGCAAUCCGGGCAUCACGCUGCUGGCCCUGGACGGAAAUCCACUGAGCAGCGUGCCCGAAGGCGCCUUCGCCCACCUGAAUGCCACACUCCGCGGACUCUCCCUCGGCGGCAGGUUCCUCCACUGCGACUGCAAGCUGCGCUGGGUGGCCGAGUGGAUUCGCAACGGCGACUUGCAGGUUACAUCGCGCGAACGGAAUCCCCAGUUCUGCGGCACCCCACCACGCUUCCGGGACCGAGGCUUCUACUCCAUUCAGCCGGAGGAGCUGAGCUGCCCGGACAUUGCCGAUGCGGCCCUCCGCGGACCCGUCGGCCUCGCCGAUAACCUGAAGCCCACCCUGCCAUCUUCACCCGACUCCGUGGAAUAUGAAACUGACACGGGCACCGGCACGGGUACAGUGGGCACUGGCACUGACACUGGCACUGGCACGGCAGCCUCGGCUCCGGUGACCAGCAGUGUGAGCAGCUCCACCUCGACAACGACACCCACAACAACCACGACGACAACCACAGCGGAGCCAACGACCAGGAGGAGCACGACUCGUCCGCCGACCAAGUCGACUACAACGAUAUCGGCCAGCACAGCCGCGCCAGCUGCCAGUGCGCCGGUGAAUGGAACGGGCACAGUUCAGGCCACCUCCAUCACGACGAGCAGCAGCUCCUCCUCCUCCUCCUCCACGUCCACGGCCACGGGUCACGGUAAUGGCAAGCAGGCGCCGGGCUGGCGCCAAGGAGUGACCAAUGGCAAUGGCAAUGGUGCGGGAGCAGGAGGCCUCCACAAGCCGCAGAGGCCACCACUGGUGCUGGGCUAUCCACCGCAGCGGGGCACUCGCAUCGACGAUGCCAACGAGGUGCAGGUGAAGCACGCGUUCCGCCAGGACAGCUCCGUGAUCAUCCAGUGGGACUCGGACACGGCGAACAUCCUGGGAUUCCGCGUGGUCUAUCGCCUGUUCGGCGAGAAGGCCUUCAAGCAGGGACCACCGCUGGAGUCCAGCGAGCGCGAGUUCAAGAUCAAGAAUGUCCCCGCCCAGGAGUGCAUCAUCGUGUGCGUCAUCUCGCUGGAGGAGCUCCAUGUGACCCCCGAAACCGUUCCCUACCAGCAGUGCCGCGAAGUUCGCACUGUCGCCUCGCAGGCCUCCAACAUGGACAAGAUAACGAUUGCGGCCAGUGCGGCCAUUUGUGGCACCAUCAUUGUGGCCGUGAUUGUCUUUAUCGCUGCCAGCAGACGCUCCCGCAAACUGCAGAGCAGCCAGCAGAAGAGUCCGCUGCCAAUUGGAGGUCUGCCCGUUAAUUGCUGCGGUCCGACCGGUUCACCUGGACCACUUGGCUCCAUUGCAACGCUAUCGGCAUUUAACAAUCACAAGGAAUGGGACCAAGUGUCGGCCUACAGUGGUCGCUCGAUACCGCGGCCGCGCAUCUAUCCCGUGGAGCAGCCGGAUGACAUGAGGAGCCACUUCUCCGGCAUGCCCGGCAAGGUGGGCAAAUCGAGAUCCCUGGCGGACGGACAGUCGCAGCACAGCUUCUCGAACAACUCGCACCGCGGCUACUUGGGCAGCGCCUUCCCCUCGAACCUGGUCAACUCCCGCCCAGAAUUGCGGCAAUCCCGCCAAUCCCUGGCCGCCGCCUCGGAGCGCAUGUCGCGUGCCUCCUAUGCGGGCUCCAUUCACGGCGGCAACGGAGGAGGCGGUGGCCUGGGCGGCAACGGAGGAGGUGGCGGUGGCAACGGACUGCCCGUGAGCAGCCUGAUGGCCAUGAGCGGCAUGGUGGGCGGCGGCGGACCGGCCAGCAUCGCCUCCAGUGCCCGGAGAUCGCGACCGCGCUCCAGAUCCCGCGAGCAGCUGAACACCACCCACAUACACAACCAUCGACCGGGAAGUCGAUACUCGCAGGCGGGAUCGACGCACACGCUGAACAACUACUGCGAUACAUCGGACAACUGGACGGAUCACGACAUGGACAUCUAUAUGGCCCGCAAUCCGACGACGCGCAACGGUUUAGUGCCAUUAUGAGGGCGACUCACGUUGUCCUG